GUUGAUGCCAUUGCGACCGGAACGUCGCUAUGUAUGUAGCUCGAGCGGAGUGGGGGCCGUUUCUGUGGCUGAGAGUGAAAGGAUGAGAAAUCAUGGCUCCAGUUGCACGAAAUGCUUGAAGAAACUCCAGUGAAUGUUUUCUAACCAUAGCGUCGGAUUCUGGUCCGCUAAAAUUUAGCCAAUCGCAAUCUUCAUUGCUGCAUGGUUGCGUUGUCCGUCACUCAUUGUGUGGUCCACAAGGACUGUGAUUCUUUCGAUUCAUUCUAUUCGCUUUUGUACGCUUCCUUUGCGGUUGCGACCAGGCAGUGUUCAUGUGUUCUUUCGUUGUGUCAUUGGGAUGGAGAGGUUAAGACUUGUGUGAGGUUUUCGGCGGUUGUCGUGGGGAGGAGAGGGGGAUGAGGACGACGAUUAGCGGAUCGUCGCGAGUUGCUGUGGAAGGUGACUGUCUCUGUGCGUGAGGGGCGUUGAUCCAAACCUAGUCACGAAUAUGGUGGAGUCCUAGCCCGUUUUGGUUGUGUACAUGUGCCGGGAUGAGACGUGUAUGUCUUCGGGGAAAGUUGGAGUGAGUUUCUUGUUUCCAUGAGGAGCGUUGAAAUUUGAGAGUAGCUAUGACGAGGGGGUUCGGGAGGAGCAGAGAUGGUGGGAGUGCUCGAGAGUAACGGCAAUAGGCAGCCCGCGACGCCCUCUGCACGCGUUCCGUUGUCCGUUUUCAGUCAAUCGUCCUCACUUAUGUCUGAUCGAGCAGCCCAGGCCAUGGAGAAAGCGCUUCGAAAUUUAGCGAUGCCGCACAGGGAGGUAAAUGCUACUAACAAUAAAGAUGAAGAUGGCUACAAGGAUCUCCUAGAGCACCCGGAGAUAGAUCGACGAAGUUUUGUCAAAAGAGAUGCUGCAGAUCUUUUCAACAGUUUAGCUUCUGCGAAUGACAAGGACCGAAAAUUAACCACGGGUGAAAUGUCUCUGCCCCGUGCAUUUUACUCUCGCGUGGACGUUCAAGAUUCUGCAUACUCAGCAACCGAACUAAGUGGUAGUGAGGAUUCGGACAUUACCCAUAGAAGAAACUUGUCUACGACUGUACCUGGGCCUUUACUGUUAGAUAGAUCGGUAUUCUCUGAUUCAGAGACUGAUAAAGACAGCUCCUUGUUUCUGGGUACUGCGCCAGAGGACCUUGAUCUUGUUGAAAAUGCGAUGCUCCGGAUAAUUCGAGAAGAUACGCGCGCAUUCUCGAAGCAACGUGAUGAGGAUGCUACGAAGCCGAAGGAGCUGAGUGAGUGCUUGGAAAAAAGUGAAGGAUUUCGAUCGACAGCUGAUUCCGUGGACUUCCAGCUUUUGUCCAGGUUGCUUGAACAGGUCCAGGCUUUAAGGGAACAGAAGCACCAGCCCAAGCAGGUAGGUAGAAUUGCAAGGUCAUCAUCACGUGGUGCCAGAAGCAUGUGGGAUAUCAGCAAAAGUGGCAAAUCGAAGAGAUUUAAGAACGACGACAUGAAAAAGGCGAUAGAGGCUGCAACACAAGCUGCAAAAUCAGCUGCUGAGGCUGCUAUAACCACCGCUACGCUGGUUACUCAAAAUUCGGAUGCUGUGAACAAGCUUCUUCAAAUCAUGCACCUUUCCUCUAAGACGUCAGAUUCAGAGCCCGAAGUGGAAGAUACGCGGGUGGAUUCCGAGUCAGAGGACAUUGAGGAGUCGAGCGACUCAGAUGAAACGAAGGACAUUGCCAAGAAAAUUGUCUCACAAAAUCGAUACACCCACGUGGUUUUAGGGAUAAUGCUCGUGUCGUCAUUCGUGUGGAGGUACAUAGUUGUCAAAGUUGUGAAGAAUGUGAAGAGUAAGGUGACGGAUCCAUGGGGCUACAUAGGAGGAAUGCUGCCUGAUGGGUUCAGGGGCCCUGAUAAGGAGGCGGAGAAAUCAGAAGAAAGCUCUAGCGGUCCCAGCAUGCCACAGAAGGCUAUUCACUUUCUUCACGGAGAUCGAGAAAAAGAGAAAGAAGCAUCGGCUUCUGAUGACAAAGACAAACAGACGCUCACGCUCGGAAACAUCUUGCCGAUCAAGCCAAAGAAUAUCCAGUAAUUGUCAAGUUGAUGAGGGUUCCGGGUUCAUCUAGAGUAAACCUCCUAGCAGAGCAAUCAUCGUUGAGUUGUAACAUACAUUUUUCUAUGAAAUGAACAUCCCCAGAUCCUACCUCUGAGUUCUAACGACCUCUAAUUGCACUGACGCUGAAAGGUUCUACGGCUGGGUUUGUAACUA